AUGAGUCCACUGACCAUUCAACUUACAAAUCCAGCAAAACCCCAAACCACCAUUUUCACUUUACCAAACAGACCAAGAAUCUUGAUUCCUCAAGCUACAUUUUCUUCUUCAUCAAAUUCUCCUCUUUGGACCAUUUCAGAGAUAGUCAGGGCUGUUAAUGGCAAAAUCAUCAAGUGGGGUCCACCUGGAACAAUCUGUACGGACACCAGAACCCUUGAACCAGGACAAUGGUUUCUCCCUCUUGUUGGGCAAAACUUUGAUGCCCACAAUUUCAUUACCCCUAAAUUGGCCACAAAAGGGUGUGUUGGAGUGAUUGGGAACUGGGUUUGUGAGGGUUGGAACAAUGGGUUUGUACAAGUAGAAGGUGACACUAUGAGUUCUUUAAAAAGAUUGGGUUUUUAUGCAAGAAACAGGUUUACUGGUUGUUUAAUUGGUUUAACAGGAAGUGUAGGUAAAACCACUACAAAGACUAUGGUGGCAUUAGCUUUGGAGAGUGUUGGAACUGUUUAUUAUAGUCCAGGGAACUGGAAUAACGAGAUUGGGGUUGCAUUAUCGCUUAUUGGGAUGUCGAGGGAUGUGGGGUUUGGGGUUUUGGAGAUGGGGAUGAGCAAGAAAGGAGAAAUCUUGGAGCUGUCCAGGAUGUGUAGACCAGAUGUAAGGGUGAUUCUAAAUGUGAAUGCUGCACAUUUGGAGAAUUUUGCCAACUUGGAGGAGGUUUCCGUGGCGAAAGGGGAGAUUUUAAGAGAAGCAAUGCCAGGGGAUGUGUGUGUAUUGAAUGGUGAUGAUCCCCUUGUCAUGAGCCUCCCAGUUCCAGUUGGAGUUAAGAAGGUGGUAUUUGGUCGAAAGUUGGGCUGUGAUGUUCGUUUAGUUUCUUCACAAAUCAUAGACGGAGGUCGCAGAGUAGAAAUUGUUCUAGAGGGGUUCAACGAAAUGGUUAAAUUCAUAAUCUCCAGUCCAGGCUUGCAUUUGGCCGUUAAUGCAUGUGCAGCUGCUGCUGUCGCUAGUGCUCUUUGCGUUCCUCUUGCUCUAGCUGGAAAGUCCUUAUCCAGAUUUAUACCUGUUCACCGAAGAUCAGAGCUUGAAGUAACCAAGAAUGGGAUUACAAUAAUAAAUGAUGUUUAUAAUGCAAGUCCAGCCAGUUCUCAAGCUGCAAUUGACUUGUUAAGAAACAUUGACUGCAAAGGUAAACGAGUUGCUAUACUCGGAGACAUGCUUGAACUUGGUCCAACAGAAUUCAAGUUUCAUGAGUUGAUGCUACAGAGUUGCUGCGAUGCUCAGUUUGAUGUGGUUGCACUUGUUGGAAUGAGGUUUGUACGUGCAGCUGAGAGUAUAGACUUUGGGCCAGAUACAAAACUGGUGUGUACUACUGAUGCUCACCAGAUGGCUUCUAAAAUCACCGAUUAUCUAAAUAGUGGUGAUGUCGUCCUUGUCAAAGGCAGUCGUCAAAUAGGAAUGGAGGUAAUUGUCGAUGCAGUUAAGUCUAUCCACUUUGGUGUCCCACUUUGCCAUGCAGUAAUGAGCAAAUGUGACUAAUAGAAGAUUCUGCAAUGUGAUCGUGCUAGAAAAAAAACAGUAUGCUGGUUCAACUUUGUUUGAGU